CAUAGGGCUAGUGAAACAGCGCAGACAAGGGGACUUCCUUUACCCUCAGCCCUAUGAGCAAUUGUUGAAGGAAGUGGAGAAGAGUAAAGGCAGGGGGAACACUGAACAUGGAAGAAAAUAUAAAUCACAGGAUUGCCUGUGUGACCUGAUAGCAGAGCUAAACCUGGACAAAGGACAGCUUGCCAGUGAGAUACUCAUAGUACAGAGAGAGAGAAAGAGGACGAGACAGAGAGAGAAAGAGAGAGAGAGAGUUGUUAAAGGCUCCCCUAUAAAGUAAGGUAAGCACCAACAGUCAGUGAGAUGAUUCCAUAUGAAGCUCAUGGAUCCAUUGAUAACAAGAGGUCUGACAAUGGGCGAGACUAAGUUAAAAAAAGGUAGCAAAGUUGUGGGAAAAUAAAAUAUUAAGAACAGAAUUCCACUUUGCACUUUGAAACAUCCUGAUCAAGCUUUGUGGGUAAAAUACGGGAAAAGCUCCAAGACCAUGAAGUCUAACCAGGAGCGCAGUAAUGAGUGCCUUCCGCCCAAGAAGCGGGAGAUCUUAGCCCUGGAAGAGAAGCAGGUGCUCGUGUCAGCUGCUGCCAGUGAGAGACAGAGUGGAGAGAAUUUGGCUUGGUUAGCCAGCGUUGCUACCAUGGCUAGCAUGGCCCACAUCCCUAACAAUGCAGGUCUAUCACAGAGUAAUAGCACCGAGCCUGACAGUCCCCCACCAUCAAAUAAGGCUCUUACUGUGGUGACAGAAUAUCCUCCAGCAACAACAUCUGGUGGCUUUUCAUUCUCUUCCAGUAGCUCAACAUACAGAGGAGUCUUCUCUGGGCCUACUGUGCUAACAGCAAAUUCUACUGUUCUCUCAACAAGCCUUCCUCAAAACAUAGGCUCUGUCCAGUAUACACAACUUCCUCCCAAUCUCCAGCUCAUAGGCCCCUAUACAAGUUACAUCUCUUCUCAGAUUGUGCCAUCCACAAACAGUCCAACACAGCCAAGGAAGACACCACAAGAGGUCUUGGCCACCUAUGCUGGCAUCUCCCAAGCUUCCAGCAUUGAUUCACAGAAUCAACAUAUGAUUUCUUCUGUACAAAAUGUAUCUCACAGUCAAUGCAUCCAGGUAGAGAGGGCUCCUCUGGGUUUGACAGUUUGCUCAGCUACUGCUGCCCAGUUGCCCCUUCAAAUCCAUCCACACUCAACUGUACUUGCUCCUCAUGGCCUGGCUCUGACCCACUCACCAGUGGUGCUACACUACACUGAUGGCAUCAUCGCAAGGCAGCUGGACUCCCAUACCAGAGAGGUGCAGAAUGGUUCAUUAGGAGAGGUUACAGUUGUUAAACACAGUACUACUAUGGCAAAAGGAGUCUCCAACCAAACAGAGGGUGACCAGAACCACAAGCCAAUUCAGAGUCUUGGUCUCCAGACCCAAGCUCAGGUUCUGUUCCCUGCGGACUAUGCCACUCAUGACAGAGCAGAGCUGCAGACAUCACUGAUGUUGGUUUCCAGUAGCCACCUUGCAGCAAAGAGUAACCCAGAGCUCCAAAAGAUCUUGGGUAAGGACCACUCAUCUUUGAACCUUGCUGAGAGAGGAGGGAUCUGCCUAGGAAAGCCAAUGUCCAGAGUUUCAGCACGUACUUCCUCAGAGAGCCAAGUAUCUCCAGCCUCCACACUUUCCCACACACUCCUGCAGGCUCCUCACAACACUCUCCAACAGGAGCUCUCCACCAGCCUUUACUCUGCCACACAGCUCCCAAUUAUUGGCUACAUCACUAGUACCCCUAGUGGGCCCCAGCAAGCAAUUGCUGGUUACCCGAGCAACCUGCCACAGCACGUGGUGAUCUCAGGCAGCCCCUCGCUGCUCAUUCCAGUGAGUGCAACUAACAUCAAUCCAUCUACUGCGGAGCCGGAGGCCACCCGCUGUUCUGUCAUACCCAGUGCAGCCAAUCCAUCAGCUGCUCUGCCUCAAACCUUCAUCAAUACAGUCCCACCUGCAGCUACAGCUUCAGUGUUACCGAAUGGCAAAGAAAUCACAGGAUCUGAUGGAGUUCAUGCCCCCUGUACAAUGCAAAGUCCAUCCCAAGUACAGCUGCCUGUUAUGUCAGCCAGUGUAGUGGGAUCUCCAGUCCCUCUAACUCCUCCAACAUCCACAAGCCCUCACAGCUCACCAUCAUCACCAUCAGCAAGCCUACCACCGUUCUUCAUGAAGGGCUCCAUUAUCCAAUUGGCGGAUGGUGAGCUGAAGCGUGUGGAGGAUCUGCGGACAGAGGACUUUGUGCAGAGUGCGGAGGUGAGCGGAGAGCUGAAGCUUGACUCCAGCACUGUUGAGCGCAUAGAGUGCAGCCACUCACCCAAUGCUGUCAUUAUUCAGUUCUCAGUUGGAGAGAACAAAGCACAGGUAUGUGUAGAGGUACUGGUGGAAUACCCUUUCUUCGUGUUUGGUCAAGGUUGGUCAUCUUGCUGUCCUGACCGCACCACCCAGUUGCUAGCGCUCUCCUGUGCCAAGCUCUCUGUGGGUGAUGUUUGUAUCUCUCUCACCCUUAAACGCCUGAAAAAUAGCACUCAAAAGAAAGAUUACUUUUCAAACUCUGUUUUGAAACACAACAACCCUCAUUUGAAAGGAGUCAAAAGAAAUGGGCCUGCUGAGGAACGACCAGCCCAAAUGGAGGAUUUCAAUAGGGGGCGUAAAAUUACUAUUGGAGAGGAGAACAGUGUUGCAGGAACACUGGUUGAGAAUCUCAACCCUGGAAACAUUUUGAUCCUAUUGGAGAAUGGGGGCGUAAACCCUCAAAAAACAUACAUUUCUGGUGCUGAGAGAGCUGUUAGCCGCAAGAGGAGAUGGUCUGCUCCAGAGAGAGGGGAAUCAGGGAGGUCACAGGAAGACCCUCAGAUUUUACCCAAAUUUUCCUUCCUCCCAUAUCAGCUGAAGGUCAGCAUUGAGGGCCGCUCCAGUACAGGUUGCUGAGGGCCUUUUGAACUCCAUAGAGCAGUGAUGGGGGAGUACUCUUGCAAAAGUAUACAUGUCUAACCAAGAAAUACAUUAAUUAGCCUUACACAAUUUAUCCAGACUUUGAAAGAUAAAAUAAACGUAUAUGAAUUUGAUUGCUGUCCAAGAAAAUACUUUUGCUUUAUCACACAGAGACUCUAAACAAAACAUUCCCCAUCACUGCCAUAGACCCAGUCUCAAAGAUGGAGAAGGAAGACGUUAUUUACUCUUUGAGGCUUUGUUGGUUUCCUUUGACAUUCAUAUCCAGGUUACUGUAAUGUUGGAUAAUUUUAAUGAAUGUUUAACUAACUUUUUUUUUUAAUCAGCUGGACAUGACAAUAUAUAUUUGUAUAUAGUUUUGCAAGUAUUUUCAGUUCAGUUUUUUUUUUCAGCCUGUUACGCAUUAAGUGUCUAAUUAGUGGUGCUUGCAAAGCAUCACUAUUGUAAUCUCACAUACUUAUUAUUUUUUUUAUUUUUUUAUUUUUAUUAUAUCUCCGUACAAAAAUUCGGCACCUAACUCGUCCCGCACCGUUUGGCGUAUACCCACGAAUGAGGUGUCAAAUCGAACGGCCUAUUGAGGACACGUGUGCUAAUGACUUUUAUAAGCGAUCGGGGGUACGGUAUUUGCCCCAGGGGCAAAAAAGCGGCCGAAAAAUCCCAUAGACUUAACAUUGCGACAAAUUUUGACGCGUCACAGCUCCGAGCGAGGAUUUCGCAGAAACGUGUGAUUUGCCACAUUUGAAGAGGCUGGCAGGCUCUGUAAGAGCAUACCUCAAUAUGGGGUAAAUGUUGCACCCCUGGGGGCAAGAGCUGCCCAAAGUUGCCCCCAUUGACUUACAAUGGUGUAGGACGGCCCAUGAAAUGAAAUGGCAUAGGGAUUUUGUAUUGAACAUAGCUCUGGAUCACAGUGUCAUAGAGACAAGGGGGCAGGCUCAUUUUACUCAGACGACCAGUCAGUCUCUCAGGAUCAUUUUGAAUCUAUCAAGCCACGCCCUAGCAACAAUUUAGAGCACCUUAGCAACAAGUCCCAUAGACUUCUAAUGACAGAGAUCAAAGGGAUAUCUAUGGAUAGAAGUGUCAUAGAAACACAAGAGUGGUCUCGUUUGACUCUGGGCAGCAAACCGCCAAUCAUGAAUCACCUCAACACUUCCUAGCCCCUCACUAGCAACCAUUGUCGAGCACCAUAGCAACCAAAAUCCAUACAGGGAUAUCUUCCAUUCUGAAUGUCACAGAGGCAUGGGAGUUGGUUUAUAUCAUUCAUACUGACAAGCAGCCUUUGCAGUUUCAUGAUUGGCAGCUGCCAAGCCACUCCCUAGCAACUAAACAGAGUACCCUAGCAACCGAGUAACAAAUCACAUAUUUCUGAACCAGAAAAUCGUACAGACUUCUGGGUUGAUUUAUUUCAACCAGGAUGGCAAGGAGACUUCAUUAGUAUCACUAUGGUAACUGCCUAGCGACCAGAUGGGGUUACCCUAGCAACCGAGCAACAAAUCACAUCUCUCUUCACCAGAAAACACUACAGACUUCCGGGUUGACUUAUUUCACUCAGGAUGGAAAGGAGCCAUGUAUUGUAUUACCUUGGUAACUGCAUAGCAACCACAUGGGCUUACCCUAGCAACCGAGUAACAAAUCACAUAUUUCUGCACCAGAAAAUCAUACAGACUUCUGGGUUGAUUUAUUUAUGACCAUAAUUUUUGCUCUUUUCAUGUUAUAACAUGCUGUUUGACGAGUUUUGCCACGGCAAGCACCACUCACAUUUUCUUCAGGAAAUGUACCUAUCUAGUUUUGUCUCCUGUUAUGCACUGAAUUCAUUCAUAAUCAGGGCCUUGAUUAGGGCUGUUACAAGGAUUGAUGAAAAGGUUAACAAUGAGAUAUGCAUCUGUAUGAGUGUGUGGUUGCAUGCUUAUCAUGACAGAAUCUGCCUUCCACUUGUUACUGCCCCAGUAAUCCCGAGCUUAUUCAAUGUUCUAAAAGUGACAGGCUUUGAGUGACUUCUUUGAAUCAGAUCUAGGUCAAGUACUGCAUCAAGAUACAACAUUGAAUGUUGAAUGAUUUAUCUUUAUGUUUUAAUUAAAUUUUCUAUAUAUGCAAUACUAAGCUUUCACGUACCUCAUAUGUGCAUUUAACAAAUAUCCCAAUCAAAUGGCCUGAUUAGGGAAAUCUUUACAUGGUCAAAACUGUCUAUGUGUAGACAAGUCUCCAUUCAAGUCUAAAUAAAAAUAUAAGCACUUUAAAGAAAGGUUAAGGGAAGUCGAAUGAAUGGAUGGAAACAUUCCCACCUUUGUUUUGUUACCACAGCAGCAGACAGUGCUGUUAGUCAUUUUGUGCAUUACUAACCAUUUUAGGUAUAAGGCACUUUUCUUUCUUCUUUACAUCAUUUUAAGUAUUUUGGGCCUUACUUAGUCCAGCUGCAAUAAUAAACUCUCUCUAAAAGACACAAUAAUCAACGUACAUCAGCAACUAAAUAUUGGUAGCAUCCAUGAUUCUUUUUAAAACAAGCCACCCUUCACUGGUUUGUCCUAUACAGAAAUGGCCUGUUUGUAGAAUAAAUUUAACAGAUAAUGAAGUUCAUAUAAAACUUCCCCACAUAUCAGAUUUUAAAUAGGCCUAGCUAAAAUCACUGGGUCAAAGGAGGAUACUGGGCCAGUAGCAGGAGAGAUAUAGAGAUCUGUUGUGCCUCUGAUGUGUCCUGAAUCAUGGAGUGUAACCCAAGUUUGCUCAAGUCCUUUUCCGCAAUAGACCUUUGUCUGAGUAGGCCAUAUUAAAUUGAGGCAAAUGAAAAAUAGGCUGUGAAGGAUGUCGUUGAUUUGUCAAUUUGAAAAUAUAUCUUUCGAAAAUAAAUAAAUAAAUCCCUGUUGGCAAAAAGCUGGAAAAUCUCCACUGUGAAAAUUAAACAUUACUGUACUGUACCUUCAAUCACUUACAGCCUAAUUUUCACUUGCUUCAAAUUAAAUAUGGCAUCUAUCUUCACUGACUAAUGUCUUUCAGCUCAAUGUGGGUCACAAAAAAAAAAGAAAAAAAAAAAAACUUUUGACUUUUUCCAUAUUAAGCAGUAUGCUGCUCAUAACCUGAUAAUGGACUUCUACAAAGGCAUUGUACUGACCUGCACAAUUAAGAUUCUGAGAAAAAAAAAGAACAAAAACCAAUCUGAAAACUCAAAAUGCUGAAUGUUGAAUAACUAUCCUAAGCUUUUAGUAUUACUUUAUCUAUUUUCUGUGUUCCUUUAUUUUAGCUAUGAUGGUCAAACAAAUUCAAAGGUAUGAAUUUACUACAUUACAAUUAUAGAUAAGGUAAUAUGACAAACGUAUUAUAAAUCAUGAAUAUUUAUGUUAUGUUCCAUAAAUAAAAGCCCUAUGGGAUUGUCUUCAGAUAUUUUUUGUGGGGAAAGUAUUACAAAAUAUCUUAUGAACAACUUCACUGUCUGUUUGAUAUAUAUGAGCGCUUGUAUGAGAUAUUCUUUGAAUAUAAGAUUUUUGCUAUUUGCACAAGUAAAAAUAUUAAAGUUGUAUAAAGCCAAGUGUAUGGAGUCUUAUAGUAAACACUUCAUAUCGCCAGCUCUGUGGUUCACCUAAGCUUUACAGUACAUUUUGAUAGGUGUGGUCAUGAGUUGGAAUUUUCAGUUUGUUGACUGACUUCAGAAAGGCAUUGUUGUGUGACGGGUUAUAUUCAGAUGGAAUCACAAUAGACCUCAUAUUGUAGAAUUAAUGCUUGAUUGCACAUUCAGUCCUAUUUGGAUUUAUUUAUGCACUUUCUAGGAGUGGACAAUGCAAGAGAAUAUAAAACGAAGGUUGGUUAGUGGUUGAUUAGUAGCCAUGCAGAGCUACAACAUUGUAAUGUUGAUAUUGGGAAGGCAGUUGGCUCAGUGCUAUGGCAAUAGACUAGAUUCAUAAUGAAAGUGUCUGUUUUUGGACUGCUCUUUUAAAUGUAUCAUUGUUCUCUCUCUUUUCUCCUGUGUAGCUAUGUACAUUUAAACCUCAGUGUAUUUGUGAACUGUUCAGAGAACUUAAUUGAAUAUAGUCAGGUUUCAGCACUGGUGGUGAUGUUCCUUCAACCAAAGUGUGCUUUUCGGUUUCAACCUGACAACAGAAAUGUAUUAUCAUUUCUAUCAAAUAAAAUUUUUUUGUUAAAAGGAUAGUUUACCCCAAAAUGAAAAUGUUCACCCUCAUGUUGUUCCAAAACUGUGUGACUUGACUGUCUUAGUCACCAUUCACGUUUAUGAUAUGUCCAUACCAUGAAUGUGAAUGGUGACUGAGGCUGUCUAUCUACCAAACAUCUCCCUUUGUUCCAAGGAAGAUAAUACGUCUGGAAUGACUUGAAAUUGAGAAAUUGUUGAAAGAAUUUUCAUUUAGGUAAACUAUCCACUUUAGAAGAAGGCUGUCAACCACUUGUUUAUAUAGCGUUAUAAAGCAUUAUAUCAUUAGUCAAACUGUAUUCUCAGGUUGAGAAACUGGAGGAAUGACUGUUUCUGUUCCUGUAUUACUUUUCAUAAAAACAUUCAAAGUAACAAAAAAUAAGCUACAUUUCAUUUUAUCUGCAGUGUAAUUGGUUGACUGUUGCUCCCUCUACAGACCAUCACUGUACAUGCACCCAAUGUAUAAAGAAGGCUAACUUGUAACUAACAGCAUGAUGACAUGUUGUGAAUGUAGCUCAUGUGCUUGCUAUUGAAAAUGUGUUCAUAUGGAAAAAAAAAAAAAAAAACAUUCUGUUGUAUGUACAAGGCUGGGUGUAAACAAUAUAUUAUAUAUCCAAAGACAGUCAAAAUUUACUGUAUGCAUCAAUGCCUCAAUGGUCCAUAGACAAGAAUAGCUCUAGCAAUAGCACAAGGUCUCAUUAAGGGUUGGGAGACCAAACUUGAUGUCUAGACCCAUGCAGAACACAUACAGUCACUGAAGUCAUUGUUUUAAAAUAUUGCCGUAAAGGAAGUUCUGGGGUAGAUCUUUUUUUAAACCUCAAUCGCCAGAGUGACACUUACUUAAAAAAAUAAAAUAAAUGAUAAAUAAAAAAUAGCAUAUAACUGAUUACACUUUUUCUUAUAUAUUCAACGUAAAUUACUAUAUUUGUGUGAUUUGUUGUACCUGUGAUAUUUUUCUCAUUCUUUGACAAGCUCUUUUUCUAUAAACCAACACAAAGCAAUUUAAGACAGAAUUCAACCUCAACUUUUCUAACUGUUGUGUGUUUAUGUACAGAGCAUCCAAGACUGUUCAUUGAAGUCAGUGAUCAUUUCUUUUGUGGUGAUUAUGCCCUGUUCAAUGACUUCCUGUAUAGUACAAAUCUAUUGUGUCUGUAUAAUCACUCUAAUAAAAUACUG